UUUAUUGCCUAGCAGUUGUCACUGUCAAGAAGUGUCUAGUUUCCAACAAAGGGUAUAAGGUAGGUAUUUAAAAGUUUUUGGUGAUUCUUAUCUUAUUAGUCAAUGGCUCAACGAGUUUACACGUCUGCAAACUGAAGUUUUAAUAUGUCGCGACUUGAUAAUAUAGAAGCCCUAGAACAACAAUUAGCAGAAUUGCAGGUGAAUAAAGAUCUAAAUUCUCCAGGAAGAAUCAAAAAGAUACCACCAGCUGUGCCGCCAAAAAAGAAGGCUCAACCACAAGUUCCACAUAGUGCUGUGGUGCAUAAAGUAUGUGAACCAUCAUAUUCUUUAAAAAUAUCUACAUUAACCAACGAGGUUCCGCCUCCACCACCGCCGCCACCACCAACUUACAACAAUGUAUUGCGACAUGCCAAUCAUAUCAACAGCCAUAAAGAUUAUGCUAAUGUAACUCAACUCUCCCUUCCUAAUGUUUCAUUCAAAAACAAUGUUCCAUUGCCAUCUAAGGUUUAUAACCCUACCUACAGUAACAUACCGCCUUAUCAAACUUCCAAUCCACCGCCACCACCACCUAUCAACAUGAGUCAAUUAAAAAAUUAUGAUACCAAUCAUAAUCAUGAAGAAUAUUUGCCUCCUCCUUCACCUGUCAGUUCCAAUUAUAGUGAGCUUGCCAGAGCCACAGCUAACAUAAAUUACAAUCAAGAGAGACCUACAUAUCCUCCUAUUUAUCAGAAUGAAUAUCCAGAGUAUGGAGUGUCCCAAGCUUCAACCUAUGAAUCACUUUAUGAGCCUAUCAGUCUUCAUCCAAACAAUAAGUCAGCUUCUGCAAGUACUACUCCUACUUUUAAAAAUAAUUUAAUGAAAAAGGGAAAAUCACCUCUACCAAAAGAACAGGAAGUGGAUGCCUUAACAGAUCUUCUUGUUCAAUCUAUAUCUGAUAGCCAAGAUUUGGAUGUGUUUGGAACAUGUGUUAAAUGCAAUGAGAAAGUUGUUGGUGAGAGUUCUGGAUGCACAGCAAUGGGAAAUAUGUACCAUGUUCAAUGCUUUCGCUGUGAACACUGCAAUACAAAUUUACAGGGUAAUCCAUUCUAUGAUGUUGAUGGCCAACCUUAUUGUGAAGUUGAUUAUUAUGAAACAUUGGAGAAAUGUUCAGUUUGCAAUAAGCCAAUAUUGGACAGAAUUCUUAGAGCAACUGGCAAGCCGUACCAUCCAACUUGCUUUACUUGUGUUGUAUGUGGCAAAAGUCUUGAUGGCAUUCCAUUUACUGUUGAUGCAAUGAACCAGAUUCAUUGUAUUGAAGAUUUUCAUAAGAAAUUUGCACCCCGUUGUUGUGUUUGUGAGCUGCCUAUCAUGCCGGAAGGAGGGGAGGAAGAGACGGUUCGGGUUGUGGCCUUAGAUCGCAAUUUCCAUGUACGCUGCUAUAGAUGUGAGGAUUGUGGUCUCCAGUUAUCAUCUGAAGCUGAAGGCAGAGGCUGCUACCCUCUAGAUGGUCAUAUUCUAUGUAAAGCAUGCAAUGCACACCGUAUCCGUCUUUUGACAAAUGUCAUGACUACUGAUCUGUAGUUAAUUGUUUAAAAAUUUAUAUAUUUUAAUAUUUUUUAUAACAUUUCUACUUAUUAUAUAUUUAUAGCUAUAAGUGGAUUGAGAUAUAGAUAAGUAUUUACAUUAAAAAGUCAUUAUUUAUAUAUUGUAAUGCCAGUCCUUUUAUGAUGGCAGCUAAGGUUGUUCAAAGUCAUGUGACUUAUAAUUAUUAAAAUAAAUAUCUAAAAUAUAUUAAAUUAUUAAUUAAUUAUUUAGAUGACAUUGUAUUAUGAACAAAAGGCUGUUGAUAUUUAUAGGUUGAAUCAAAAUUGAUUAGCGUGAUAUAUCUGUAUGAAUGCCAAAAUUUUAUAAUUGCAUUUAAAUGCUUAUUCUAUUUUAUACAAAUUUUUAAAUUAUAGUUAUAGGCAUAUUUUGUGACUUUAUACACUUAUUUAGUUGGUUUAUAUUAAUAAAGUAAUAUAAAGCU